CGUGGGACCGGCCCCCUGCAAGUGAUUGUAAAUUACCUCACCGAAGCUCCCCCCCGCUCCGUCGCUCGUCUCCUCCGCAAGCGCCGCCACCCCUCUCUCCCCAUCCCGCUGCCGGGCGCCGCAGCCCCCUACCUCGUCUUUCUCCACGGCAGAUUCACCCAUGGGUUCUGGUGGUACUGGAUUGAUGAAGGGCUUGAGGAGAUUCUUAGAGCAGCAAAGGAAAUCAGUUGAUUUAUGCAGAAAAUCGCGAGCUUGGAGCUCUACAGUUUCAUUUUCCGAUAUAGAUGACAAGAGUGACAUGGGUGAUGAUGGUGAUUAUAAUUCAAGGAGAGAGUUAGAACCACAAACUGUGGACCCCAAGAAGGGUUGGGGAUUCCGUGGCGUGCAUAGGGCUAUACUCUGUGGUAAAGUUGGACAAGUACCUGUGCAGAAAAUUUUACGUAAUGGGCGUACAAUAACUGUAUUUACCAUUGGAACUGGAGGCAUGUUUGACCAGAGGGUUGUUGAGUCAGCGGAUGUGCCAAAGCCAGCUCAGUGGCAUCGAAUAGCUGUUCAUAAUGAGCAGCUAGGUGCUUAUGCUGUUCAGAAGUUGGUGAAAAACUCUGCGGUAUAUAUUGAGGGUGAUAUCGAAACCAGGGUCUACAAUGACAGCAUUAAUGAUCAAGUAAAAAAUAUACCAGAGAUCUGUAUUCGACGUGAUGGCAAGAUUCGACUGGUUAAAUCUGGGGAGAGUGCUUCUAGCAUAUCACUAGAUGAACUACGAGAAGGAUUGUUCUAGUUACAGUGAACAAUGUCAGCACAAGCAGGUCAUAUAACUCAUAACGAGUGGUGGAAGGAACAAGGGAAUACUCAUGCAAGAUGCUGCUCUGUUUGAAGCCUUUCGAGCAUGAGAUGGAUAUUCACUGUCUCAACCUCACGAAAAACCCGUUAAAUUCGCCGGUGCGGGCAUGUAAAUGAUCCUUGCCUUGCCUAGCAGUGCGUGAUCUUCUUGAUUAACAAACAUCUUUGCACUCGUAUUUUGGUUGGUGGCCGUAUUUCUGUCGGGAAGAUCAGUGAUGAUGCGACGAUUCCACAGCAUAA